ACGAGUACCUACCUACCUACAUAUUCAAGGCGCUGGUUCUCCACAAAAAAAAGUGGAGCGCAUCAAGCCUGCGCGCUGUAUAAAAACAUUCAAGUCGUGGAGGAGAUAGUAGUUGUUAAACCUUUAAGAUUGAGUAGAAAUAACGUCGCUUCAGGCGUCCACACGAAUCCUAACACGAAACAGCAUAGGUCUGGUUUUAUUUGAAAACAACCUGGGACCAUGGACCUAUUAAAGAACAUGGUUUAUUAGUUUCCUAAUAACAUGGUUAUUGAAGACAUGGUUUAACAAAAAAUCGUCUCCGGGUGGACGGGACCUGAAAGACAUGUUAGAUGCACUUUGGGAGAUACACCCGCGGAUGAGCAUAGAUGCGAGGCGAAUUCACGAGUGUCACGUUUAUUUUAAGUGGAUGUUGGAGGUUUACUUUCUGGUGGAUGUCGAUGGAUAUUGCACAGAUGCAUAUUGCACAGAUACAUCUUACUAUGAAACUACUUCUUCGAGUUUAACUCCCUCUGCAUCAGCAAUCGGCUGGUCGGCGAACAUCAGGACUGGAUCGUCUUUUGGUCGAAAAAUGAUGACUGGAUAUCUAUCCGCAAAAGGGGUUAAAGCUUCUGAAGGCAGAGUGGGCAAUGUGUUGAGAAGUAUUCAUCAACCCUACCACAUUGCAAGACAGCAGGGUGCCCGGAAUCUGAACCCCAUACCCUACAAUGCAGAAUACAUGGGUCACAAGCUGCAUGUAGAUCAGAAUGAGAAGCUUGUUAUGUUUGGAGUGACUCAUGUUAUGGCUAUCGAUGGUUUCAGCAAGAAGGUGGUCGGUCACUCCACCAUGCCAAUAAAGAACAACAUCGUGAUUUAUGAGGAAGUGUACCGGCCUGCUGUUCUUUCCUAUGGAAUAUGGGACCAGGUCAGAGUUGACUGUGGGAAAGAAUUCUAUCUGGCUUUAUUCAUCCAGGAAAAACUGGCAGAACAUCGACACAAUACUCAAAGGCAGCCCUACCUUCAGACACCUUCUACAAGGAACCAUGUGAUAGAGAGAAUGUGGUCGGAGGUGAAUGCUCGAGUCAACUACCCUUUGAAGACAGCUCUGGUACAGCUGGUGGACCAGGAGGAACUGGACAUGGAGGACAACACAUCCAGGUAUUGUGUGUCAAACCUGACAUGCCAGCUGGCUAGGAUUGGCAUCACAAAUGUCGUACAGGCAUGGAAUGCACACAGGAUCCCAGGUAUGAUUAAUUUCAUUUUACUGGCGGUAUUACAGGCAUAACUUGCUAAUAAAGCAGUGUAAAUUAAUUUUGAUGUUCUAUUGUAGAGUUCAAUCUGAAAUGGAUUCACAAAUGUGUAGCUCAAAUUGCAACACUGCAAAUCCAGUACUUUCUGUAGAGGGGCAGAUUCAAUUAGUAAAACAUGUUAUUAGUUAGAAUCAAGUUUUUUGGACGUUGACCAUGUUCUUGCUUUUUUAGAUGACUUCUACAGGUUUGGAGUUGAAUGUAAAUGAAUACAUGCUCA